UGAAUAUUUGACUGAAUAUUUAGCCUCAUCCAAGGUACAUUAAUUCGAUAUCUUCAGGAUUUUUCUCCCCACAAGUUGACCACCGGCAUCGUUUGAAAGGUGCAAAGCACAGCCAUGAGACCGGCUCGACUUUGUGUGUACGGCCGAAGUCACGGCGGAGAAGUGAAGCGCUGAAGAUGACGCUGUCGCUCCCGAAAUCACCGGCUAGCUAAGCUAACGGCUAACAUGUCCGCCUCGGCUGUAGUCUCUCACUAGCUGACAUUUAGCUAGGUGCAGUUGUUCCGUUUGGCACGCGCACCGCUGGGGACCGUUUUCUCAAGGGAGCUGGUGUAAACUCCCAUGCGGAAGGUGAGGAGGUGGGAAUGUGAGACAGUUGUUCGCCGACUCAACAUGGGUAGGGGUCGAGGAAGAGGGAGAGGAAGGGGCAGGGGGUCCUCUGGCCAGUUACGGCCCCCCUCGCCCUACAAGCUGCAGCUCUCUCCGUCGAGGGAGACUCUGACAUACGCUCAGGCACAGAAAAUAGUGGAAGUGGACCUAGAUGGAAGGCUCCAUCGCAUUCAUAUCACAGAUCCUCUGCCGGUUAUAACUGAGGAUGAGAUGACGGCCCAGGACAUCACUGAGUGCAACAGUAAUAAGGAGAACAGUGAGCAAAUGCAGAGUAAAACCAGAUCAUGGAGGAAACCCCCAAACAGUAAAAGCAGGAAGAGUGGUAAAAAUGCAACGCAGCAGAACCAACGGUCUGGCUCCCAGCAGCACACAGGAGCUGCUAAUUCCCUCCAGCACCCAUCCAACCAAAGCCCUCUGCCUGAGCCCACCUUCCGUGUGCUGAGUUCAGUUUGCCCCUCAGAGGCGGCUCCUCUCCCUGCAGCAUAUUACCGUUACAUAGAGAAGUCGGGAGAGGAACAGGACAGCGUGGCAGAGUAUGACAUGGAUGAGGAGGACCUGGCCUGGCUGGAGAUGGUGAACAAAAAGAGGGUGUGUGACGGCCACGCCUCAGUAUCUGCCGACACAUUUGAGCUGCUGAUUGACCGUCUGGAGAGGGAGUCAAUCCUGGAGUCCCGUAACCAGGCUCUGUCCCAGAGUGCAGUCGACGAAGAUGCCUUCUGCUGCGUCUGCCUGGACGACGAGUGUCUCAACAGUAAUGUCAUCCUGUUCUGUGACAUCUGCAACUUGGCCGUCCACCAGGAGUGUUACGGCGUGCCCUACGUACCCGAAGGCCAGUGGCUGUGCCGCUGCUGCCUGCAGUCCCCUUCCCGUCCUGUAGACUGUGUGCUCUGUCCCAACCGAGGAGGUGCCUUCAAACAGACAAGUGAUGGACGCUGGGCUCAUGUUGUCUGUGCCAUAUGGAUCCCAGAGGUGUGCUUUGCCAACACAGUGUUUUUGGAGCCUGUCGAGGGCGUGAAGAACAUCCCUCCUGCUCGCUGGAAGCUCACCUGCUACCUGUGCAAGCAGAAGGGCAGAGGAGCGUCCAUUCAGUGCCACAAAGCCAACUGUUACAGGGCCUUUCACGUCACCUGCGCCCAGAAGGCCGGCCUCUUCAUGAAGAUAGACCCAGUCCGGGAGACGGGCGUCAACGGUACCACCUUCUCUGUGAAGAAGACGGCUUUCUGUGAGCACCACUCUCCUGUUGGGUUUCGGCGGGAGGCGUCUGGAGACGAGUCGGUUGAAGGAAGACUGGUGGGGGGCAGGGGGAAAAGGGGCCAAAGGUCAUAUACUCAGAGGACCCCCUCGCCGACAAACAAGAAGGCCACAAAAGGCCAGAAAAAGAAGAAUACAAAAGGGGCUGGUGGGUCAACACGUCGCUCAAAUGUGCCUGUGCUUCUUGUGCCUCAGAUCCCGUCUCACAGACUGAACAAAAUCUGCACAGGGGUUGAAGUCCAGAGAAAGAAUCAGUUCAUGCAGCGGCUUCAUAACUACUGGCUACUGAAACGACAGUCCCGGAACGGGAUGCCUUUAAUACGCCGACUUCAUUCCCACCUGCAGGCCCACAAGACUGCAGAGCAGAAGGAGCCUGAUGAGAAGCUGUGUGCUGCAAGAGAGGAGCUUCGAUACUGGCAAAAGCUGAGGCAGGACCUGGAAAGAGCCCGACUCUUGGUGGAGCUGAUCCGCAAGAGAGAGAGGCUAAAGAGAGAACAGAUGAAAAUUCAGCAGGCUGCUCUCGAGCUGAAGUUGACCCCGGCACUGAUGCUUCUCCGAUCCACCUUGGACCAACUGCAAGAGAAGGACACGGCCAAAAUCUUCUCUCAGCCCGUCAAUCUAUCAGAGGUCCCAGAUUACAUGGAGUUUGUUUCCCAACCUAUGGACUUCUCCACCAUGUGCACCAAACUGGAGGGACAUGCCUACUGCUCCAUCGCCGACCUAGAGAGGGACUUCAACCUCAUGAUCUCCAACUGCCUCAAGUACAACUCCAAGGACACCAUGUUUCACAAGGCUGCUUUACAGCUGCGGGAGGUGGGUGGGGCCGUGCUCCGCCACGCCCACAGGCAGUCUCAGAGCAUUGGCCUCGACCCCAACACUGGCAUGCAUCUGCCAGAGUCUCCGAACAAACACGGCUUCUACAACUGUACGUGGGAUGAUGUUGACUCCCUUCUGGACCCAGAGAACCGACUGCACUUGACCACAGAAGAGCAGCUGAAGGCCUUACUGGACAAACUCGACAUGGUCGCAUCCAUGCGUACCAGUGGUGGCAGAACCAAACGAAUUAGGCUGCUGCGCCGAGAGAUCAACAACCUAAGACAGAAGAUGAACCAGCAGCAGCAAAACACCCAGUGCAUGAAUGGUAACGACAAGGACGACGAAGGACGGGAAGACGAAGAGGGGGAGGAAGAGAAGGAGAAGGAAAACAAAACAAAGAAGACAGAUAUUGUGGAUAAUGGACAUUUGACUGCAGUGUCCAACUCUGGGACCGACGACUCUCCACCUGUGCUUGAACUUACUUGCCCGGUCUCGUCACCGCUGCCGGGAGACGCUCCUCUCGAGCCUCCUGUCCUUGGUAUUGUGACUGGAGGGCGAAGGUCACCCGGGCGCUCCUACAAGCGUCAGAGGUCUUCCCGCAGCGGGAGCAAGAGCCAAGGUGAAGAUGAGGCUGAGGUCGGUGAAACGCCAUCCUCGCAACCAGAGGCUGUUCACGAGGUCACACCACUGGGGACACCCCCGACUCUGUCUUUGGCCGGAGUGGGUCGUCGUACGUCGGUUCUGUUUAAGAAAGCUAAAAACGGGGCACGGAUGGCAAAAAACAAGUCCCCGCCGCAACAGAAUGGGAAAACAUCAGAGGGUAAAACCAAUGGGCUGGAGAGUCCCUGUUCACCCAGUGUGACCAACAUCACCACCUUACCUCCGACUCCCAGUCCCUCCCCUGCACCUCCCUCUCCCUCCUCGCACCACCUGAGGUCCAGAGGCCACAGCUCAGAAAGCGAAGUGGACAAACUCCCUCCACCACCCAGAGAAGCAGGCCUCACAAAUGGAAAGCACACCUCUGCAGACCCCGAUGAUGACGACCAAAAACUCAACUGUAGUGUCUCCCCACCCAAACGUAGUCGGGGUAAACCUGCACUGGCCAAAGUCCCUAGCAGGGAGAAUGGAGACAUCUCUGGGUCUGGAAAGUCUACACUUCUGUGUUUAGAUAGUGAGAGAGAACUCGCACCACUGGACCUAGUUUGGGCCAAAUGCAGGGGAUAUCCGUCGUACCCAGCCAUGAUCGUUGACCCCGACAUGCCCCAGGAAGGGCUUCUUCACAACGGCAUCCCCAUUCCAGUGCCUCCCGUGGAGGUUCUCAAACUGGGCGAGUGGAGGCAAACGGACGAAGGCGAAAAGCUCUUCUUAGUCCUCUUCUUUGACACCAAGAGAACUUGGCAGUGGCUCCCUCAAGACAAACUACUGCCGCUGGGGAAGGACGACACUGUAGACAAACUGCGCUUAAUGGAAGGCAAGAAGCCCAGUGUCCGCAAGUCUGUACACACUGCGUACGACCGGGCCAUAGUACAUUUAAAUCAUGUGAGAGGAAAUCUUAAUUUCACUCCCUCCAAUUUUAUAUAAAUUUUAGCUGACACAUUUUUAUCAUCUUAAAGAGGUUGCGUGGUUGUACAUAUAGAAGCUCCAUCAAUGCUCUUUAAAUAGUGGAAAAGUAUAUGUCCAACAGUUUAUGGCAUUUCAAGGUUUUGUUUCAAACUGAUGCUCUGGUUUUUGAAAUGGAGAGAGAAAAAGUGUUUGAACACAUUUUGUAGAUGGAUUUUGUUCAUUUAUUCACCUUUAAAAAAAAAAAGAAGAAGAAGGUUUUACACGACCACUGUUGCUAUGUUGUCAUAUAAAGUUUUUAUUUUAGGCCAAAGUGAGUCAAGAGAAGUGUAAAUAUUGAAUCAUCAAAGGGAAUUGUCUUGAUACAAAAUGUUUUUAGAUUGUAUUUGCCAUAGAAAUGUCAUUGUGUUUAUUGACGUGUGAAGGUCCCACAUAAUGGUCGCGUCAUAUCUGGACUCUGGAUUAGGAUUUGACAUGAGAUGGAUGAGAUAUUUAAAUGUGGCUGUUGUAAGCAGAUCAGUUUUAUUUUAAUAAAACUGAUCUGGUAUUUAUUCAUUAACAAUUUUUUCCCAACUUGAAACUAAAUUAUAAAGACUAUUGUGUAGCGUACUGCUCAAGACACCUUGAUAAAUCAUUUAGCAAACAAUUACACUGGAUUGCAGUGACAUGUGAAGAAGGCACAUUGCCCCAGAAGUGAUAAAUACAACAUUGUUUUUGUUGUUGUUGACCCUACACGUGUCGUUACAAAGUGCUCAUGCUUUGUUAGCAAAUUACUGUGCUUAUUUACUCCCUAAACUAAAAAAAAUUGUUAUCUAUAUUUUAAAUUAUCCCUCCAUUGAGUCACAUUGUGUUUAGCAUUCUACGGAAUAUUGAUUGUUUUCUAAUUUCUUUUUUUUUUUUCUUCUUUUUUUUAAAUUUAAGCAGAGUAUUUAAAAAAGUAUGCCAAACUUGAUAGAACUGGCAUUGGCACUGAAGUGAAGCAUAACUGGUUCAAGGUUCGACUCCUAAAAUAUGUUUUUGUUGCGUAAAAACACUUUACUCAAUAAUUCUGAGAAUUGCUCCACAGAUACAGAUAAGAACCACUCAGGUUAGUUGAAGUAAAGAUAAGUUUUGGUCCAACGGCGGCCCGUGGAAACAUUCUUGAACUCAGUCCAGCUAUGAAGUGUUGUGGGUGGGACUUGAGAGGUUUUUACUUAUUUUUCCAUAUUGUGAAAGUGUAAUGAUACUAUAAUGUUGGAGAACCUGGUGCAGCUACUUGGUUAUUAAGAUGUGAUGCCACUACAGAGAUGAAGAUGAUUUUGUUUUGUGUGUGGUUAUUUUAACAAAGUCUACUGCAGUCACCCGAUGAAUUUGGCUGAAAGGACUUGAAAAGCACAAUCAGUCUGUUAAAAAUAAACAAAAAAGUUGGUGACCGGUGACUCCUGGAGCCGUAAGUCUGGCAAAAACCUUUUGCGUGUGUGUGUAAACUAUAUACAUAUAUGUAUACAGCCUCGGUGUAGUAAAGGUGCAUGUGUAUAGUUUUGUAAAUAUGUAAAUGUAUGUUUAUAUUGGCUUACAUGAAGUAAUUUAAGGAAUGCAAAAAUCAAAUUUAGAUUUUAAUUUAUAAAUUGUGGCAGUCGAGAGUGUUAUUUAAAAAAGUUAAUAUUGAAAAGAUUUAUGUAUGAUGCUAAGUAGCUCUUUGUAAUAGUGACGGUAUUCACCAACAUGUCAGACCAUAUUUUCUCUACAGGUGAGGCAGCACAACACCUGAGCUCUGUGGGCAGCAGCGACUGAACUGGGCCCACCAGAGGUUUUCUUUUUGAUUUGUUUUUCUCGGUGGCACAGGAGUGAUUUUUGAUCUUGCCGUUUGAAUUGUUCUGCAAGAUCUGCAAAUCUGCCUGAGACAAUAUUUUCUCAUACAAGAAUAAAUGCUGUUUGAAACAA